AUGACGCAGGCCUGGGACGGGGCCGUUUUUGCCGCCCGGCGGCGCAACGAUGACGACGAUACAACCCGGGACAGCAUCUUCGUCUACACCAACAGCAACAACACGCGGGGUAUCACGGGACUGUGGUCGCUGGCUAUAAUCUCCUGGGAGCGCUGGUUCGUGGUCUGCAAACCCUUUGGCAACAUCAAGUUUGAUGGGAAGCUGGCCAUGGGCGGCAUCAUCUUCUCCUGGGUCUGGGCCGCCACCUGGACCGCGCCCCCCAUCUUCGGCUGGAGCAGGUACUGGCCCCAUGGCUUGAAGACGUCCUGUGGCCCAGACGUGUUCAGUGGCAGCUCAGACCCCGGGGUCCAGUCCUACAUGAUUGUACUGAUGAUCACCUGCUGCUUCAUCCCACUCAGUGUCAUCAUCCUCUGCUACCUGCAAGUGUGGAUGGCCAUCCGCACGGUGAGCUCCCCCAGACCCUCCACGGGGGACCCCAGCGUUGGCCAAGGGCCUUCCCACCGGCCUACCUACGCCGACGCCUGGGGCUCAGCAAGGAGCCCAGCCUGCCUCUGCUUGGCCAAGAGCUUCCCAUGGCCCGGGCUGACAUGCCCCAUACAACCCAGCUUGUCAACAGCUGAUAGACUCACAACCCUCUCAGGGUUGGGAGGGUUCCGUAACUGCAUAAUGCAGCUGUUUGGGAAGAAAGUGGACGACGGUUCGGAGCUCUCCUCCACCUCCCGCACUGAGGUCUCCUCCGUCUCCAACUCCUCUGUGUCGCCGGCAUAGGAGGGACCCCCAUGGGCCGACAGACAGAUGGAUGGACGGCUGGGACUCUUCCCCACUCCCUGCCUGCCCCCCACGCAGUAUGGAUCCCUCUUGAGCAUACGAAGUUCUGUCUUUUCUCCCCACUUUGCCAUGCCUCCUCUGGAGACUUGGCUCCACUCCCCCACAGGGGACAGGGCCCUUCCCUUUCCGUCCAGCAGGGGCCCGGAGAGUUUAGCUUUUGUAAAGCAACAGCCCCAUCUCCCCACAAGAGCUGCCUGGGCUCCGCCCCAUCACGGUUCUCUGUCACUCCGCCCCUCAAGCACAAGUCAUUGCUCUACUGGAAAGGGAACAUGAGCUGUUCUGGGAGUGUUUGGGUCCACCCCAGAGGUGGCUGCAGCCCAGUGGGGCUGGCUGGGUGGGGACAGGUCACUUUGCCCCAGAGGUGGCUGCAUGCCAGUGGGGCUGGUUGGGUGGGGCAGGCCCCGCUGCCCGAGGUGGCCGCAUGUCAGCAGGGCCAGGAGUGUAGGGUGAUGCUGCUCUGCCCCAGAGGUGGCUGCACCUGAGCAGAGCGAUAGAGAAUCUGCUCCUCUCACGUUCCACCCCGAGGCUGGCCAUGCCCCAGCCCUGGCCAGCCCCCCUGUAAAUAGUGUUUGAUAAGGAGCCUCGCUAGGACCACAGGGACAGAGACAGGACAAAUGCCCAGCCAGGCGCCACCCCCUCGGUGCCCCGGGGCUGGCGCCACGGCCGGCCUGUACCGUAGCCAAUAAAGGUUUGUAAC